CCAUCGCCAUCGACAUCGACAUCGACAUCGUCCAGCCCGUUCGCCCAUCCAACUCGUCGCCAACCCGAUCAAGCCAUAAACCCCAAUGUUUCGGCUGACUCUAAAGGCCUGCUUUCUGCUGGCGCUGUUCGCCAUCCUGAUCUCCUCGACGACCGUCCUGAUUCUCUUCAAGGACCACCCUGCCGUCGUCGCCGCCUCCAACAGCGUCAAGUCCACCGCCGCCAAUCUGUUUGUGUCCACAGGCUCCACAACACCAUCGCAGCCCGGUGUGCCCACGCCUUCCAACCAAACCGAAGGUCAGAACCAGGGCCGUCCCCGAACCUUUGCCUACAAAGUUGCGGAUGGAGCCUUCUGGUCUGUCCCGACGGAUCCACCGAUCUUCAUCGCAACUCCAAACUACGAGACCUUCACACCCUCGAGCUUCGAGUCCUUUUACAGAACCGAAAAUGCCGCGCUGGUUGUCCUCGCCCGAGCGAUCGAGGAUGCCCAGAAGCUCGGGGAGCCCGUCCAAGUUCUGGAUGGCGGAUGCGGGGCGACGUACGGUCUGUUCUCGCUGUUUGCGGCUGCAAAGGGUGCCCAGCACGUCCUCUGUCUUGAGGGCAACCCCGAGCGGGCUCCGGCUCUGCGUAUCGCCGGACGGGUCAACCAGCUCGAACGGAGAUUCAAGAUCCUCAACAUUGAAAUUGGUGACGGCCAGAAAGCCCGCGAGCUUGUGGUCAAGAAUCGCGAGCCCAUCAAGAGUCAUGCCCUCGUCACCCCGCACGAGCACCAUCAUCUGCGCCGCCGGCGCCAGGAUCCGGCCGCCAACCACCAAACUCACCAACCCGACGGCGGCCGCGAGGUCGAUAACGAAGAGUACAAUCCCUUCCAAGACGAUCAGUUCCUUGAAAACAGCAACAACGGCAACAACAACGGCAACAACAACGGCAACAACAACAGCAAUGACGAUAACAACAACAGCAAUGACGGCAACAACAACAGCAAUGACGGCAGCAGUCGGGACCAAAACGGUUCGUUUGCUGAUUUGGAGGACGACUCUUCAAGCGGCACCGAGACCGAAAUCGAAACGGAUCCCACGACCGGCAACACUUACCGAGACGUGGAGCUCACCCCCUUGACCGCCGUGCCGCUGCCUGUUCCUGGAGCCAUGAUCACAUUUCUGCGAAUCGACACCACCGGCACGACCCGAGGACUGGAGCUCAAGGCACUCGAGGGCGCCAACCCGCUGUUCAAGGCGCGCAAGAUUCGGCAUGCUGUCGUCGACUUUUCAAACCCACAGCGCCUGAAGAGCGCAAGCAACUAUGCCGAGGAUGAGUUUGUCAAGAUCAGCGAGCGUCUCUUUGAUUAUGGAUACGACUUUAUGAUUAUUCCCGACAACGACGAUGACUACUCCCAGAUCGCCUACGCCAGCUCGAUCGGCUCUGAGUACGGCGUUGCUGGAUUCGGCACACCGUUUGUGUGGAUUCCGCGGAGCGACUUUCGCUUCAUGUGGCAGGACCUGGGCCGGACAGAUUCGCUCAAGCUGUGGCUCGCUUUGCGCGACGACCCGACAGUCAAAGAGCUCAUGAAGACCCGCGGGCACUUCCACUGAGGACGGGUCAGACAAUGGGCAUGUGCCGGCUCACCCAGUCUGUGGAGCUGUCCGCGCGCGGGUCGCUGCAGGACGUAUGUGUAUACGGGUGGCCAAUCGCUGCUCCAACCAUCCAUUCACAAAUUUGGAUGGAGACACCUUGCCUCGAUGCUACUGGCAUCAUCCGCUCUGGACCCUAAAUACACACUUGAUCCAUCGCA